AACAACAUCACUAGAGCUGAAGGACGAAAUCAAGCGUGUAGAGCUUGAUAUUUCUUCAUACAGGAGGCGCAAAAGCUAAAGCCAGCAGCUUAUUUUCAUUUAAUCAUGUUUACCCUCAGAAACACAGUAGGUCUUAUUGUUAUUGUAAGUACCUGCCAUUAACCCUUCUGAUAUAUCAAAAGUUGACGUUUGAGUGGGGUAUUCCCCUUUGCUAAUUAGGCUUUGUCCCACUUCCUUAGAUUGUGCUUAUGUGCAAGAGAGUUUUGUUUUUCUGGACACUGAAUUACCAAAUAAAGUUCUCUUAGUCCUCCUAGGAACCCAACUGCUACCCACCUCUCAACUUCAGGUGGGGUCGAAUGCCCUUCUCAAUUGAAUUGUCCUAUUCAAUUCUGACAGCAGAGCAAAGGCCCAAAUUGGAUCACGAGAAAAAGAAGAGAAGCAGCUCCGAUGGAUUAGCACAGGUAAAAGCUGCUGCAUGGGCAUGGUACCAGCAUGGUUCUGGCUCGGAGGGGAAGCCCAUCCGAGAAUUUGACAUCACAAGAACAGAGCGAGCCUCCAGCUCCAGGCCGUCACGGUACAAGCUGGAAGCCAUGAGAAACAACACAGGCAAAGGGAAUCAUAGCAUGGAGAUGGAGGGAUCUCCAUCACAAACACCUAGAUCCAGUCCAAACAUCCAAACCCAGAAUUCUCCCCUCGAUUCCUAUGAAACCAAAAGCAUUUCCAAGCGACUUAAUCAUCUCAUUGAGUUUGGCGGAAUCAAAUUUUACAAGGGGUUAUUAGGCAUAGAUGGUGAUUACCAGAAGAAUUUGUGCACUGAUGGUGCUCGCAGUGGCAGUGAUAGGAAGAAAACAAGCAACAAGUACUUGAAAGGGUUUCUGCUAAGGCGUAAAGUGGUAUGUGGCAGAAGGCAAGACGUAGAUGACAGAGCAGUCAGCGAUGACCGGCGGCGACUGGAAAAGCAGAUGGUCAACCCUAAGCCACGGGAAUCAGCCCAUGGCUAUUGAGAAAUUUGCUUGCAGCGUCAACCUUUUUGGGUGGUUUGGUCUCUGGCUACGUAUUAAAUGUCUGCUGCUCAUACGUGUUCUCUUUGGGAAUUACUUGCAGCCUCUUCUUCAUAACACAAAUGUCAAUGUACUCAAAUCUUGAUAUUUGAUUGACUCAAACCCUGCAUGGAAAUUGUCUUUAA